CGGCGGGCGUCGCAGGAUGUCGUGCGGGCCCGUGCCGGGCGCCGCGCCGGCCGGAGCGUCGCAAGGCGUCGCGACGCCAGGGGACGCCGCCAGAGGCCGGGUGGCCGCGCUGCUGCCGCACGUCUGGCGGAAGUGUGGCUACCUCGACGGGCUCCGCUCCCAGUUGGGAGGUUGGACGCAGAAAGUCAAGUCUUGGUACUGGGGAAGGCCUCUCGAGCUGGCGCACAAGCUGAGCCGCAGCUUCGACAUGAAGGAGGAGCAGCAGAUGCUGGAGGGCGAGGCGGCCGCCGUGCGCAGGCACCAGUCCAUGCAGCGCCUCUCCAGGGCCGACCUGCUCGACGCCAGGCAUCACGAAGACGUGGGCGCGCUGGUGGUGCCCGACCAGCAGGGGAACCUGCGCAUCACCGUCAAGAAGACCAAGCCCACGCUCGGCAUCGCCAUCGAGGGAGGCGCCAACACGAAGCACCCGCUGCCGCGCAUCAUCAACAUACACGAAAAUGGUGCUGCUUUCGAAGCAGGUGGUCUUGAAGUGGGACAGCUGAUCCUUGAGGUGGAUGGUCAGAAGGUGGAAGGCAUGCAACACCAGGAUGUUGCAAGACUGAUAGCAGAAUCUUUUGCCCGAAGGGAGCGGAGUGACAUCGAGUUCCUUGUGGUUGAGGCAAAAAAAUCGAACCUAGAGCCAAAGCCGACGGCACUGAUCUUCCUGGAGGCCUAGCAGUUGCUCUCCCUCCCUUGAGCCUGAGCUGCAACAAACCUCCUAGUCCUUGUGUCUGCCCUCCAGCACUGCUGAACUUAUCUUGCCAGGAAUUUGCUUGGCCCAUGCACUCUGACAUUGUAAAUAUUGUGUGUCAUGGGACAUACCCACUCUGCUGCUGUUUCCUAUAAGAGAGAAUGCAAACUGCUUUAUGUGUCACCUUUAUGAAUGUAAAAUAAUCAAGAGACAAGGAAAGCCUUGGGAGAUUAUGAGGAGUGGACCAGCAAGUGCCUACCUGUAAACAUAGCCAGCAGUCAGUCUGAGUGUUUUUCACAUAAUUUAUGUUGUGUAAUCUUAAGUAGUGUUAAAUUUGGAGGGAUUACAAGGGUGAUGGCUGUUGUUUGUUGUAGAUCUGUUAACUCUAACACAGUUUCCAAAAUGGUUCUAGGGAAGGGAGUAAAAAAUAAAUCCUUACUGUGCAGCUGAAACUGCAUAUUCCCAUUUUGUAUACAUCAAAGGUUUACUGUGCAACAAACUAGAUUCAUUACAAAAUCAUUAAUCGACAGAACAUUUCUAAUCUACAUGCACACAAAAACAGAACAGACAUACACAAAAGAAAGAAAUCACAUAGUUUAGGAUGCUGCAUUCUUUAGAACAGUUCCUAGAAAAUGUAUUUUUUUAGAGUAGUGCUACAGAUUAUGAAAGGAAAAGAUGCAUAAGAUCAAAUGUAACAAAAUGGGAAGUGUUUCUUUCAGUUACUGUUAAUAUGUGGUCAGAUUUUUUAUGCUGUUACUAUACUUACUGGUGUAUGUAUGCUGUGAGAGUUGAUGGCAGAUAUUGUCAACUGUUUUAUGUAUGCAAAUUUUAUAUGUAUGCUAAUGUGACAAAGUGUGCCAAAAUAGACAGUAAACAAAACUGUGAAAGAUCUAUUGUAACUUUGUGCUUUUUGAUGCAGAUUUAUUACACACGCAGUGAACUUACAUAAAUUUAUAUCCUUGUAUAGCCUACUAACUGCCUCAAACUGAACCAUGAUGCACUUGUCUUACCCAGUUCACUGUGCAUUGUUAACUGUAGAUAGGUGUUGCUACUGUGUAAAUGUGAUGUCAGUGUGUGAUUUUAAGAUGCUGAUAUAUUUUGUUAAAUGCUUGCAUUUGAAUUGACCUAAUUCAGUUUCACAAUCUUUGUUGAAAUAGCCAUUUUUGUAUUUUGAAAGAGACUAAUGAUCACAGCAUUUUUGGAAAAUGUUUCUUAUAGAUUGAUGGGUCACACUAGAGACUCUUAAUGCUUGACUGAAACCACAGAAACUGAAACCCACAAAAUUUGUUUCAUUCUUGAAUCAAUGAAAUAUCAGUAAUGUGUGCAACAUAUUAAAAAUGGAUCUGACCAACUGUAAAGGCAUGCUUUAAAUGCGGAAAAGGUAGUAACAAAAUGUGUUCAUUAGUAAGAACUAAUUCCUAAGUUUCUGUGGAAAAUUUUAUUUUCUACGUUCAUAUGCGCUGUAAAUUUUUUUUCUCCAUGUAACAUAGAAUAUUCAGCUAAAACUUGAAAGGGCCUAAUUGUAGUGUGUGUUGCCUUAUUAAUCUUUGACUUUUUUCUUUAAAGAAUAAAAUUUCAGUGAAUAUUGAAAUAUAAAUAUACUUUCAUGUUAGAUGAAAUUUGCAUUUCAUUAUUCCUUGGUAAUUUUUGUUCAAAUGGCCUCAAACAUAUACACUCUCAGCCACAUUCAAUCGUUUUCUUUAAGAUUCAUUAUUGUCAUGCCUUAUUCUGUCAUUUUAUUUUGUGAUGACAUGUUCAUCUAUAAAUCAAAAUUUAGAUGGGUAAAUGACAUUCAAUGACAGACCAUACUCAUGUCACACUGUUGUUCAAAUAUUGAUCACAUAUUAAUCAUAUUUCAGGAACACUGACAAAGAAAAUUCAGCCACCGAUCUCUUUUUUAGAAAAGGCAUAAAAAGAAAUGUGGUAACUUUUAUUAAAGUUAAUAGUUUUGACAUUACAGUGAUUCAGUGAUUACAUGAAAUUCUCAUGCAACCUUUAUGUAAUUUGUCACAGAAUGACAAAAACAGUUGUAGAUGCCAUAUUAUGUCUGUAUUUAGCAUAAUUAUUUUGUUUUCCUCCAGGUAUUUAGAAAAGUAUUCACACACAGCCACCAUUGUCUCCCAACUUGAGACUUUAUUAUCACCUAGGUGAAUGUUAACUCUUUACUUUUCUGAACAGAACAUUUACCAUCCUUGCUAUCACCUGUUUUAAAACUGAAACAGCUUUUCUGCACACAAAACAGUGGCUCUUCUUUCACUGCUUAUAUUAACAUUUCCUGUUCAAAACCUUGAUUGGUAUUUUUAGCAGAAGCCACAAUUUCCCUAUCAGGUUUGCUUUUUGUUACAAUACCUAGCUCAUUCAGAAAGAUGUUUACGUAUCUGAAAGUAUCAUGUUUAUGUAACUGUAAUAUGUCACUCGCGAUACUUUUUUAUGUAGAUGCAAUGAUAACAGACUUUUCAUUUACUUGUAUUUGUAGGAAUCAAUUUAGAUGCAUCAUCCAAGUUUAUUUUUAAUCAAACAUUUUUUUUAUCCUGCCAAAUAACAAGUCUAAUGAUCUUCUAAGCUGCUUUUACAUCCACAAAUUUGACAUAUUGUCUCAUAAUGCUGACUUCUUAUAUGUGAAGAAAUUUUUUUUAUUUUUCAGUUGAAUACUUUUACCAUUAUCACAGAGACAGUGUGACCCUAUACAAAUUGUCCCUUUCCUCUAAAAAUUAUGGUGAUAGUCCUUUGUGUUUGGUUAUGUAAAUUUGCUGGCUGAUAUACUUAUUCAUGUAGAAACCAGCUGUUCAUGAAUGUCAUAUCAAUUUUUGUACUUUUUCCUGUCCAAGUUUCCUCAUUGUGGUCAUUUUGUAGAGCCUCUUAAUUUGUAUGUAUGCUGUAUUUUCACCAUGGUCGAGCAAUUAAAAGCUGUUACUUAAUUUUAUAUUACAUCUAAAAGAAUGAAUUAAAUUGUUGACUGAUAAUCAACUUAAUGCCUUAGCUCAGGCACUGAGUGCAAUAAUCUGCAAGCAUCUUGUUAAUCCAUUUGAACAAAACAGAGGCAAAUUUGAAGACUCAUGUUGAGAAAGAGAACAGAAAUAGCUACAGCAUGUAUCAAAUAUCUGAUGCAAACUCUUUUCAAUGUGAUACAAAUACAAAUUGUCCCUUUCCUCUAAAAAUACUUACACUAAAUACUUAUACUAAAAUACUUUUUUUAUACUAAAUACUUAUACUAAAAAUACUUAUAUUUGGCUUCUGUUAUAUUAAAAUUGAACUAAAAUGUGCAAGGCAAUGUAUAAAAGACUUGAAGAUAAAAAUUAAAGCUUUGAACCAGGCAUUUUUAACCAAGGUGCAAGGAAACAGAAAUGAUAUACAUUUCUAAUAAAGUGAAUGAGAUUACAUUCUCUGUCCCUCUUAGUUCAAUGUUCUAAAUAAUUUAAUUUUGCUUUGCUGAUUCUGUCACCUUACCAUGACUCUGCCAUAACUUUUUCUUUUAACUGCUUGACAUGAAGAGAUCAUUAACUACUGAAGUUCUACCACCUAAUCCUUUAAAAACACAUGUUCAUCUUGAAUGGUGAUGACAAAGUGGGAGACACUAUAUACAAUAGAAGCUAAUAAGCUACCCACAGACAUUCAUAAUAUGAUGUGUACAUUUUGAUGAAGAAACACAGUACACAAAUAAUGGGCUAAAGUUGUGUUCCACAGAAUUAAUACCAGACUGACAGGGAGAUGGUAGUUGAUUGAAUGGGCAGUAUGAAUUAUUUGUAAGAAAAUGUGUUGCCUCUAAAUAAAUAAAUAAUGUUUUAUGUAGUUAAAGCAUAUUGAAAGAGACUGGCAAACUGCUAUAAAACAAGAAAAUUCAUAAGUGACCUGUGUCAGAGAUCAUGAAAAAACUUACAAAUAUUUUUAAAAUGUUGUCAUCGUGGUCUUCAGUAAAAGUCUUUUCUUAUCUACAUAAAUACUGCACACUAUUUAUUUGGACCCACAUACUGUAUUCAGACUUUGUCUUCCACAUAAAACUGUAUCUCUCUCCACUUCUCUUUAUUAGUAAGUUAAUUAUUCCUUGAUGCCUCAGCAUACAUCCUGUGAAUGUACCCAUUCUUUAAAUUUCUUUUCAACUAUAUUACCUGAUCAACCUGUCUAAUCUUCUACAUUGUUACCUUGCACCAUAUUUCAAAAAUUUAUAUUCUCUUUCAGUUUGUACUGUUUAUUGCUCCCAUAUCAAUAUCAUACAAGGCUUUAGUCAAGGCAAAUUAAUAAAAGACUUCCUAAUGCUCAAUUCCGUAUUCAGUGUCAGCAUUUUUUCUUUUUCAGAAAAUCUUUCCUUACUAUUGCCAGUCUGCAUUUUAUAUACUCUUUGUCUGUGUCAUUAUUGCAAUCUGGCAGUAUAAAAGCAUUCAUUAGUCAUACUUUUUUUCUGAUGACUAUAUGUAUGAAGUGUGCCUUUCUUACAUAAUUCAGAUGCAAGCAUUCUUAAAAUCCUUAUUUAAUGGCAUAGAUGAAAAGGGACAUAUCCUAUUAAGCUAUCAAAUGUUCCCAGGCCAGUUAUAAAGUACAUUUCAGUUGCAUACAUGUUGAGAAGCAAUUCUGGGAAGUCUUUGACAAAGAUAUUUUAAAAGUAUGAGUUUUGCAGAUAGUGCAAAAUUAUUGUUAAAGAAAGACAGAAAUAAAUGUAAGUAUCUUCCAUGAUAACAAGUUUUAAGAGAUGUGAUAUGCAUUAGACUCUAAGCUUGUCCUAGUAAGCUACACAGCACCUGUAAAUGCUCAUCACUGAUAAUUUUUAUUUACAAGACAGUAUUGAAGAAUCAUAUAUAAUUAUGAUCACAUUUUAAAGAAGAGAGCAAUGAAUCAUCUUCAGAUUGCUAUUAAGUUCUUGCUUUCUGUAGGAAAUGUAUUACAUCUAGGUUUAUGAACUAUAAAAAGCAGCUAUUGUUGACUAGUGAAGUAGCAACAGGUAAACAAAAGAACAAAUUGUUAUGAAGUGUUAAGUAUGAGUGCCAAAAUAUAUUUCAGUAUCUAGAAUAUUUUAGUACAAAUGUGAGUGAAAAUAAACAUACUAAUUAACAUGAGGAAUGUUUUAUGUUGUGAAAUGUUAUGUACUGGUGCAAUAUCAGUAUUGCAGAAUAAUGAAAAUGUUACUCUUUAAAUUUUAUUUGUGUACUAAAAAUGUAAAUCACAAAUCUCUUCAAAAGAGCCCAGUUAUUUAUGGAAAAAUAUAGCAUUUGAACUCAAAAGUUGCUGAAGUCAAAAUUUUCAUCUUCUGAUUCAGUGAGUUUGGGUAUUUUGAUAUAAAAAUAUGGUGCUCAAGAUCAGUUCAUACAUGGAAAUUAACUGUAACCAUAAGAUGUAAUACAAACAUAGGCAAAUGUGAUCUUAAUUUUACAUUUCCAUUUAAUGUUAAAAUAUUUAAGAAUGGAAGUCCAUAUGAAGGUCUCAGUUAACUCUUUGAUACAGUGAAUUAACUACUGUAAAAUAUGAUCAAUAAAGAAAGCAACUUAUACAUUCAUGAUAUUACUAACUCUGAGACUUGCCCAGUCUUAUAUAAUAUGGAGAUAAUUUCUGCUUGCAAAUGGUGACUUUAAAAGGCAAAAGCUACAUAAAAAACAUACACAACUGAUGAAUCAAAGGAUGAAUAAAAAAAUCAUUGUCAUAACAUGAAACAUUUUUUCAUGUUAAUUUGUAUAUAGAGAAGCAAUGUGAGGUGCAGUAAUUAUAUGCAUAAAGCUAUUGUUGUGAUGUUAUUAGAAUAAAUAGAUGUUAGGCCAUGCUGAGAGUUAAAGCUAAACACUUGUAAUGUAAAAACUUUGUUAUUGUUGCUGACUGAGAAAAUAUUUAAUGCACUCAAAGCUUACACGUGUCCCUGAUGGUUGGUCUGGCUGCGCUUUCUUGUAUUUACUUGCAAUUUUGUUGCUUUCUUGAUAUGACUAAAGCCAUUAUGUAUAAUACUACUAUUAUGUUUGAAAAUGUGAAAUUCGUCUAUCUUGAACUAAUAAUUUUUUAAACAAAAUGUGGUUUUUUUGUCAUGGAAUUAAUUAAUUAUGCAAUUCUGAUACAGAACUAAAGCAACGUUCCAAUACCAGGUGUAUAAAAUAUUUGUUUAUUUCAUUUUUCCUUUUUGUACAGCAAAAUGUCAAUAAUUCUUCAGUAGCUUAUUCUUCAUAGCAUUAUGACAUUCUAUAAAUGACUGCUAAACUUAAAUAAUAUUUCUUUGUGGGGGGAAAAAUCCACAUUUCCAACAAACAGAGAUAAAAAUAAUUUUUUAUGGCGAGCCAUGAGUAAGUAAACCGCCCAACAAUAAUGAUUUGCAGUUAAAUGUUAAAAAUUAUUCAUUUAUUAUUUUCAUCCUUUACUAAUCUGAGAUUAAGAAGGUGCAGUUAAAAAGAUUCAGCAAAGAUAUGGUGAAAAUUAGAAACUUUCUGAGUGAGUUGUUAUCUACGUAAAGACUCCCAUAAUGAUACCACAACAAUGAAUGCUACGUAUUAAUGUUCUGUUAAGUUGUUUUGCUGAGAUUUUUGUACUAUAUUUUUCUAAACAAUUUUUUACAUCUUAUUAUAAAAAAUGUGUCACUUCAAUCACAAUGAACAGGAAAAUUUGUAAAGCAAUUCACUGACUUUUUCCAUAAUCCAUGAACACAAUUGAAUUCAUUGUAAGAACACUUUUGUUCCAUUAUAACUGCAUAUUCAACAGUUAAUAGUACUACAAAUUUAAAAACAAAGAUGCAUAAAGUAUGUCAAUAUUACCCACUGAAGUCUGUUCAUUUACUUAUUUAUUAUGUGUUUCAGAACUGCUAUGGAAGACACAUUUUGUUAAAGAUAAAAUGUUGUUGGCACUUGCAGAAUACUUUCUACAAAAACUGAUGAAACACUGCUAGUUACCUUUCUGCUGUGUGACAUUAACUCUCCCUGUGUGUGUGUGUGUGUGUGUGUGUGUGUGUGUGUGUGUGUGUGCGUGCAUGAGAGAGAGAGAGAGAGAGAGAGAGAGAGAGAGAGGAGUGUGUGCAUGCAUGUAUGUGGGUAUCCGCAGGUUUGUAUGUUUGGAUUAUAGAAGGGAGAGGAUGUGUAGCUCCAUUAAAUUAUUUCCUGACAAGUUUCUUUUCUGCUCCAAGUGUAGUAAAUUCUGAAUGUAGUGUGCAUUUUAUGUCUAUUAUGACUCAACAUUAUAUGACAGCUUCAUGAAAUGUUAUUGCUAGUGUUUCUCUAAUUUUUAUUCUUUUUAUUGCUGAAACAAUUGGUGUAUCUCUUUUAUUUCAGUUUACAUGAAUGGUAAGAUUAAAAUAUGGAUGCUAUAUUUUCUAUAUAGUUGCGUGAUUGACUUAUUUCCCACUUUUCUUCCUCAGUGGCUUCAUAAAGUACAGCUCUCAUUUCUGUAAGUAGAAUUAUUUAACAAAUUCUAGACAGAUCUCAGUCCCCAUGGGUGAUAACACCCCAAAACUUUAAUCUUUACAAACUGGCUGUGAGUAAAUUUAAUCAUUUUGGUAACAGAGUUUGCUGAUUCCUCAGUAAGAUAUUCCAAAAUGAACAGAAAAAGUAACAUUUUCAUUCCAGGAUAGGCCUGACGAAUAUUUUAGGAUUCAUGGACAUGUAA